AAUAAUAUUUUCAAAAUGGCAGUUGCGGGUUAAAAAGACGAAAGUUGAGCGAUUAGUUUUUUUUGUACAUUUUUCAUUUGUUUGUAUGAUUUAGUGUAGUGAAUAUCGUCAGUGAUUGAACUAAUUAUUUUGUGAAAUUUUGCAUACCAAAGAAUCUGUUCACGAUGGGAGCCAUUUUUUCUAAAGUUUCUCCAAUCAAAGACAAAAAUGAUGGCGAAGCAGAAACAUCAACUAUGCUCGUUGAUGAAUCGUCACCGACGAAAUUUCUCGACCCCCGUUCGCCUAAUCCAUUCCGGACGCCAAUCAAUGACCUACAACUCAAAGCAGCGAAGCCAGUGAUUCGAGCACAAAAUCUAACUACCGACGAAGCCAUUUCAACAACGACUGUGGUAACACCAACCAAAUUGAAAACAAAACUACUCCGUGACCUGGGGUACACAUUGGACUCAAUGGAUCCUCGAUCUCCAGCACACAAUCGUACACCGAUUGCCUUCAACGAUUCGAUUGUAUCUGACGAUUUUUCGCUCGCCGGCUUAUCAUUGAGUGAGUCAAUCGCGCAAACGCCGGUCAAGGAAAUGCAACAAGAAACCUUUUUCACACCAGUGCCGGAAGAUGGCAAAUUUGCAGUUUCGCAGAUCGAUCCACGAUCACCGUCUAUCGACAUUGAACGGACACCGUUAAUGCUAAAUGUUUUGUUGACCGACUUUCAGCAAAAUGAAAACUCACCCAAAGCUGAAGAAGUAUCGAAGAAACCCUUGGAAGAAGAAACUGCGACCACAAUUACUGGAACUGUUAAGAAUAUGAUUUACAUGGACGAGAAUCAAGAGCAACCCAUGACACCAAACGUUAAGUUGGGCAAUGCAGAAAAAGUUGAAAAAGUUCGCACGCCGCUCAGCUGCUUGGUGAAUACACAAAGUUACGAUAGUCGGAACGAUAAGCGCUUCAUGCACAAUAAACCCAUGUUGGCUCGGACUAUUUUCAAAGAUGCAACAGCCAAUCACAAUGCGAACAAAAUGAACAAUUCUUCGUCGAAAAUUCCAGUAUUGCGGAAGUCACUGUCAAAGGAAAUUAAUUGAAGCUUUUUUUUCGUGUGUGCGGACUAUGUUCUUUAACGUUAAAUUAAUUAAAUAAAAAUGUUUUUUCUUGAAUUUAAGUCGAUG